AUGUCAUUUCUUCAUACCCACUCGAGCGAGUGUAUAAAGAGCGAACUCGAUCUCUUCUCUCUGCCACCUACGCAAACCAGCAUUGAGAGUUCGCAAUGGAUUUAUUACAAACCCGUAACUUCGCUCGCAGACGACUCGCCCAUAGAAUUCGUCAUACCCGGACAUGGAGAAGACUAUCUGGACCUCACUCACACCAUGUUGAGCCUUCGUAUACGCGUAGAAAGCGAGCGCGGGGAGAACACGUCGGUCGCGCCCGAUGGCGAGGCAAAAGUAGGCCCCGUAAAUCAUUUAUUGCAUUCCAUGUUCAACCAAAUCGACGUAUAUUUCAAUCAAAAGCUCGUAUCGCCACCAAACAACGCUUACGCGUACCGCGCGUACAUCGAGGCGUUAUUAAAUUAUGCUUCACCCGCAAAAACCUCCCAUCUAACCUCUUGCUUAUGGGACGCGGAUAUCCCUGGUUACAUGGACGACACGCUAGACGCGACAAAUCCAAAUACAGCGCUCGAGAGACGCGCGCGAUACAUUCGAGGAAAUCGCGCUCUAGAUCUCAUUGGUCAUCUUCACUGCGACGUUUUCAAUCAAGAUAAAUUUUUAAUUAAUGGAGUGGAGGUUAGAAUGAGACUCGUACGCUCGAAAAAUUCAUUUUGUCUUAUGGAGAGUAAAACGCUAUCAAAAAUACGCAUUCUUGACGCCAGUCUACUCGUAAGAAGAGCAAAAAUAAGCCCUCCUCACACACGCCAGAAUACUGAGUAA